AUGGGUCUCGCCGAUCUUUUCUCCGACGUGAUUUCCUCCUUCGGCUUCUCCGAAGCCCAGGCUGAGGCGCCUCCCGCUGAGGAAAACGACACCAACGCCGCCGCCGAGGAACAGGAAGACUCGAAGCCCGCCGAGGAAGAGGCCAGCGAGGAGACCGCUGAAGACGCCACCGAGCAGCCCGAAGAAGAGGCCGAAGCCGAAGCUGAGGGUGAAGAGGCCGAGGAAGAAGAGGCAGGAGAGGAGGAAGAGGAAGAGGAGGAGGAAGAGGAGGAGCCCGAGGACAUCAAGCCAAAGCUCGAGGAAGAAUGUGCCAACUCCAGCCACUGCGCUCCAUACAAGCACCACUUUGACGAAUGCGUUGAGCGUGUUACCAGCCAGCAGGAAGAGGGAGAUGGCAAAGUUACCGAAGACUGCGUCGAAGAGUUCUUCCACCUCCAGCAUUGCGCCACUCAGUGCGCUGCCCCCAAGCUUUGGAAAACCUUGCGGUAA